GGUGGGCGCCGCGGAGCAGCACCCCCCAGCGAAGGAAGCCCCGCCCCGCUCCUCCAUCGCCGCCCCGCCCAGGCCCGCAGCGCAGCGCUGCAGCGCGAGGGACCGAGAGGCAGAGCGCCCAGAGAGGACCAGACCUCCAGGUCGCCCGCAUCCCCCGUGCAGCAGGAGAGAGGAAGCGUGGCCCAGCCCUGCUCCUUAGCGUUAGCCUGGUCACCCGCCACAGCUCCCUGAGCCUCAGAGACCGAGCACCUGUCCUCCGCCUCGGCCUCAGCUGAGCCCCUCUCCGCCGGAGCACUCGCGACCCCUGCAGCCGAAGAAGUGCCCCAGCCUCACGCCGGCGACCACCAUGGCGGAGACCAACAACGAAUGUAGCAUCAAGGUGCUCUGCCGAUUUCGGCCCCUGAACCAGGCCGAGAUUCUGCGGGGGGACAAGUUCAUCCCCAUUUUCCAAGGGGACGACAGCGUCGUUAUUGGGGGGAAGCCGUAUGUCUUUGACCGUGUGUUCCCCCCAAACACGACUCAGGAGCAAGUUUAUCAUGCAUGUGCCAUGCAGAUUGUCAAAGAUGUCCUUGCUGGCUACAAUGGCACCAUUUUUGCUUAUGGACAGACAUCCUCAGGGAAAACACAUACUAUGGAGGGAAAGCUGCAUGACCCCCAGCUGAUGGGGAUCAUUCCUCGAAUUGCCCGAGACAUCUUCAACCACAUCUACUCCAUGGACGAGAACCUUGAGUUCCACAUCAAGGUGUCUUACUUUGAGAUUUACCUGGACAAAAUUCGUGACCUUCUGGAUGUGACCAAGACAAAUCUGUCUGUGCACGAGGACAAGAACCGGGUGCCGUUUGUCAAGGGUUGUACCGAACGCUUUGUGUCCAGCCCAGAGGAGAUUUUAGAUGUGAUUGAUGAAGGGAAAUCAAAUCGUCAUGUGGCUGUCACUAACAUGAAUGAACACAGCUCUCGAAGCCAUAGCAUCUUCCUCAUCAACAUCAAGCAGGAGAAUAUGGAGACUGAGCAGAAGCUCAGCGGGAAGCUGUAUCUCGUGGACCUGGCAGGGAGCGAGAAGGUCAGCAAGACUGGAGCUGAGGGAGCCGUGCUGGACGAGGCCAAGAAUAUCAACAAAUCGCUGUCAGCCCUGGGGAAUGUGAUCUCGGCACUGGCGGAGGGCACUAAAAGCUACGUUCCAUAUCGCGACAGCAAAAUGACACGAAUUCUCCAGGACUCCUUGGGAGGAAACUGCCGUACAACUAUGUUCAUCUGCUGCUCACCGUCCAGCUACAACGAUGCGGAGACCAAGUCCACCCUGAUGUUCGGGCAGCGGGCAAAGACCAUUAAGAACACUGCUUCAGUGAACCUGGAGUUGACCGCCGAGCAGUGGAAGAAGAAAUAUGAGAAGGAGAAGGAGAAGACAAAGGCUCAGAAAGAGACGAUUGCAAAGCUGGAGGCUGAGCUGAGCCGGUGGCGCAAUGGAGAGAACGUGCCUGAGACGGAGCGCUUGGCUGGGGAGGAUGCCGCGCUGGGCGCUGAGCUCUGUGAGGAGACCCCCGUGAACGACAACUCAUCCAUCGUGGUGCGCAUCGCCCCUGAGGAGCGGCAGAAGUACGAGGAAGAGAUCCGCCGCCUCUACAAGCAGCUGGAUGACAAGGAUGAUGAGAUCAACCAACAGAGCCAACUCAUAGAGAAGCUCAAGCAGCAAAUGCUGGACCAAGAAGAGCUGCUGGUGUCCACUCGAGGAGACAAUGAGAAGGUCCAGCGGGAGCUGAGCCACCUGCAGUCAGAGAACGAUGCUGCGAAGGAUGAGGUGAAGGAAGUACUGCAGGCACUGGAGGAGCUGGCCAUGAACUACGACCAGAAGUCCCAGGAGGUGGAGGAGAAGAGCCAACAGAACCAGCUUCUGGUGGAUGAGCUGUCUCAGAAGGUGGCCACCAUGCUGUCCCUGGAGUCUGAAUUGCAGCGGCUACAGGAGGUCAGUGGACACCAACGAAAACGAAUUGCUGAGGUGCUGAACGGGCUGAUGAAGGACCUGAGUGAGUUCAGCGUCAUCGUGGGCAACGGGGAGAUUAAGCUGCCAGUGGAGAUCAGUGGGGCCAUCGAGGAGGAGUUCACUGUGGCCCGACUCUAUAUCAGCAAAAUCAAAUCCGAAGUCAAGUCUGUGGUCAAACGGUGCCGGCAGCUAGAGAACCUCCAGGUCGAGUGUCACCGCAAGAUGGAAGUGACUGGGCGGGAGCUCUCAUCCUGCCAGCUCCUUAUCUCCCAGCACGAGGCCAAGAUCCGCUCUCUCACGGAAUACAUGCAGAGUGUGGAGCUCAAGAAGCGGCACCUGGAAGAGUCCUAUGACUCCCUGAGUGACGAGCUGGCCAAGCUCCAGGCCCAGGAGACUGUGAAUGAAGUGGCCCUGAAGGACAAGGAGCCAGACACACAGGACGCAGAUGAGGCGAAGAAGGCCCUGGAGCUGCAGAUGGAGAGCCACCGGGAGGCCCAUCACCGGCAGCUGGCCCGGCUCCGGGACGAGAUCAAUGAGAAGCAGAAGACCAUCGAUGAGCUCAAAGACCUAAAUCAGAAGCUCCAGUUAGAGCUGGAGAAGCUUCAGGCUGACUAUGAGAAGCUGAAGAAUGAAGAACACGAGAAAAGUACCAAACUCCAGGAGCUGACAUUUCUGUACGAGCGACACGAGCAGUCCAAACAGGACCUCAAGGGUCUGGAGGAGACAGUUGCCCGGGAACUCCAGACCCUCCACAACCUUCGCAAGCUGUUCGUUCAAGACGUCACGACUCGAGUCAAGAAAAGUGCAGAAAUGGAGCCCGAGGACAGUGGGGGGAUUCACUCCCAAAAACAGAAGAUUUCCUUUCUUGAGAACAACCUGGAACAGCUUACAAAGGUUCACAAACAGCUGGUACGUGACAAUGCAGAUCUGCGUUGUGAGCUUCCUAAAUUGGAAAAACGACUUAGGGCUACGGCUGAGAGAGUUAAGGCCCUGGAGGGUGCACUGAAGGAGGCCAAGGAGGGCGCCAUGAAGGACAAGCGCCGGUACCAGCAGGAGGUGGACCGCAUCAAGGAGGCCGUUCGGUACAAGAGCUCCGGCAAGCGGGGUCAUUCUGCCCAGAUUGCCAAACCUGUCCGGCCUGGCCACUACCCAGCAUCUUCACCCACCAACCCCUACGGCACCCGGAGCCCUGAGUGCAUCAGUUACACUAACAGCCUCUUCCAGAACUACCAGAAUCUGUACCUGCAGGCCGCACCCAGCUCCACCUCAGAUAUGUACUUUGCAAACUCCUGUAGCAGCAGUGGGGCCACAUCUUCUGGCGGCCCCUUGACUUCCUACCAGAAGGUCAACAUGGACAAUGGAAACACCACAGAUAUUAAUGACAAUAGGAGUGACCUGCCAUGCGGCUAUGAGGCUGAGGACCAGGCCAAGCUGUUCCCUCUCCACCAAGAGACGGCAGCCAGCUAAUCUCCCACAUGGACUGCUGCGUACCUGCACUUUCAGUUUCUAAGAGGGACUGAGGCCUCUUCUCUCAGCAUGCUGCAAACCUGUGGUCUCUGAUACUAACUCCCUCCUCAACCCUUGUUGUUUGACUGUACUACGUUUGAUGUCUUCUCUUACUCUGUAUCUCUUUGUACUCUGUAUCUAUAUAUCAAAAGCUGCUGCUAUGUCUCUCCCUUCUCUCUGUCUUACUCUCUAGUAUCUAAUGAUGUAUUUAGCAAUUUCUAAGCAUAGUAUACCCUCCUCAUUUGGGGCCAUAGGGAGGAGGGUCAAUGUUUCUUUCUCUCAUAUAUGCGUCUCUCACACUGAGUGGUGUUAGUCAAAGAGAUGAUAAAAGGAAAAUGGGAGCUAGAGGGCUGUGAUCCUUCACACACACACACACACACACACACACACACACACACACACACACACACAUGCACACACAAAGCCUUAAGCAGAAGAAUGUCUUGGCGUCAUAAGAAGAUACAGAAAUAGAUUCUUCCUCCCUUCUCUCUCACAUUUAGCACAGGGGAGGGUAAAAUGGAAGGACUGCUAAAUAUAUGGAGAAUUGUCUUCAGACGUCCCUCACCCGAAUGGAGGGAUUCCGGGUGUGCACCUCUGCCCUCCGAAGUCUGCCUUUUGCCUCCCUCCUCCCGUUCCCCCUGGACAACCCAGAACAUGGAUUACUUAAGGGACCACUUCCCUUUCUCCUCAAAACUCCUUUUAAUAUUUUCUACUGCAGUGCUCAUGACCAGAACCCAGAGCUGCUUAAAAUUAUUUUGAAAAAUUGAGGAGGCUGACCCAUGUCUGGCAAAAUGGUUGCUCAUCUGUCCACAGUGAUAGUUAUAGCUAAGUAUAAGCAAAAUGAUUGCUUCUUUGGCUUUGGGGGGUAAACAGGCUGGAAAAUUCCUAAGUAUUUUUUGCCACAGGGAUGAGCUGGAUUCCUUUCUCUGUUCCACACUGGGCUGCAUGUCCUUCCCACUUCCAGCUUUUGGUUUGGGGGCUUCCAGUUCAUUGGCAAAACAGGUAUUUUGAAACACCUUCCUUUCAAGCUGAGCCUGACUUUUCCCCAAUCUACACAUUUUCCCCCACAAAGAAUUCCUUCUAUAAUAUCUCCAUCUGGCAUUAAGUGCACUUUAAAGGAAGGGGCAGGGCAGAUUUUCCAGAGGUGGAGGAGCCCAAGGGCUUGAGUUGGGUGGCUCCCUGCCUCCCAUGUAAUUUAUAGGACUAUUGUUUUGGUUUCAUAUCCUUUCUUACCACAUGGUGCUAAGGUGGCUUUCCAGGUAACUGCAGGGAUGGAGAGUGGAGGUCACAAGCCAGCCCCAAUGAAGAAGGAAAGUCUGGUGUCCAGAGAGUCAGCUUUAUCCAGGAUGGAAGAACAGGGCGGCAGGGCAACCUGUCACUUAGUUUCUAAGUCAGGAAAGAAAGCUCAGUGUGAGUGGCCAGCUGGUGAAUACCGGCUGUAUUGGCCCGUGAUUCCUCCAAGAGAAAAAGUCCCCUCUCCCUUUACCUGUUGGGCCCCCGUCUUAUAUAAAAACUUGGUAUUCUUAUUCUUGAAUAACUAAAAGUGAUGCAGGCCUGGGCAGUUUGCAUUUUUGUUAUUUGGUGGAAAAGCUUCACUAGUUGAGGAGCCCUUGAACAGCCCUAAGAGGCCCCCAGGGGUCUGUAGAGUGGUUUGAAAACCACUGCUCCAAGGAAAAGGGUUCAAGCUGGCUCUCCUGCCCCAAGCCCACAACUCAUAUAGCAAAGGGAAAGGGUGGGGUAGGUGAGCCAUGCUGUCUCCAGACCCAGGUGGAGAGGCAGGAAGACACUGGUGUACCUGCUGACUUGUGUUAAUAUUAGCCAGCAGGGCACCCAAGAAUCCAACGGGCUUUCUGUAAUCUUGCCACCAAAUGAUUCUUUUAAAACACAUAAGAAAAUGUGAAGGGUGUCGGACAGAUGAGGAGAGAGGUGACAGUGGGAACAGCUUUCUCUUUAGCAAGAUGUAAGGGAAAUAGAAUUCACUUACCGAAAUAAGAAACAACACACACACAAAGCCUUCCCCAGAAGCUUCACUCUACAUCCUCCUCCUCCCCUCCCUCCACCCCUCACCACAUUCCUUUCGAAGAGCCAGGGUCACCAGAAGCAGUACCUGGCCUGCCCACUCACAUCUGCCAAAAUGUUGCAUGCCAGCGUGGAAGACAAACCAAACCGCACAAACCCCAGUGUGUAUUUACUUGAUGUACAUAGAUACCUUUAAAAUAAAAUAAAUUCAAUGAUGA